CGAUAAUGGAAGGGUGGACAAACCAAGUAGAUUGUGGACUAGCGAGCACGUGAGAACUGAGAACCCUCUCCGAACAUGUGUUGAUGGCAUUCCGUCACUAUACCGUUCGUUCUUUUCCGGCGUGGCACUGCCGGCGAUAUAUCUCGUCGAACCCUUCUACCUCAUACUCAUCCAAAGUCCUCCUUCUUUGGAAGCCCGACGGCACUGAAUCCGACAAAUUCGUAACAGUUCAGCUAUUCUCCUGGGGACGCGGCGCCUCAGGCCAACUAGGUGGCGGCAUUGAAGAAAUCCGCAUAUGCCCCGCUCCCGUUGCAUCCCUAUCACUCCCCUCUACUUUCCGGUUAUCUUCACCCGUUCCCGGACGUCUUCCUUCCGCUAAUCCGCUUCCUGCUCUUCCAGAGAACGAGGGAGAAGUUCCCGUCGAAGUAGGUAUUUCAUGCGGGAUAUUCCAUUCGUCAUUGAUAGUGGAUGGGAAUCUAUGGAUAUGGGGCAAAGGAGAUGGCGGCAGACUUGGAUUUGGCCACGAGAACUCAGUCUUCGUGCCCACUAUGAACCCUAUUUUGGGAUCUCUCCGGAGUGUCGCACUUGGCGGUCUGCAUUCUGUCGCCCUAAACGUCCAUGGCCAGGUCUUCACUUGGGGGUAUGGCGGUUUUGGGGCCCUUGGACAUUCUGUGUAUACCAGAGAGCUGUUUCCUAGAUUAGUGGAGGCUUCUUGGGAUGGGGAAAUAAGUCACAUUGCAACAAGUGGAACACACACUGCUGCUAUCACGAAAUCUGGUGAACUCUAUACAUGGGGAAGAGAUGAAGGGGAUGGACGAUUGGGGUUUGGUCCUCAGCGAGGGCCAAAUGAAGCUGGCGGUCUAAGCAUCCCUUCAAAAGUGGAAGCACUUCCGGUGAGAGUAGCUGCUGUUUCAUGUGGUGGGUUCUUCACAAUGGCACUGACUGAAGAUGGCAAACUCUGGAACUGGGGAGCUAACUCUAACUAUGAGCUUGGAAGAGGGGAGAAAGGCAGUGGCUGGAAGCCGCAACCAAAUCAUACUCUCAAAGAUGUCAGUAUAGUUCAAAUAGCUACUGGUGGAUAUCACUCUCUUGCUUUGACAGAUAAGGGAGAAGUCUUUUCAUGGGGGUAUGGUGGCCAUGGUCAGUUAGGCCAUUCUUCUCUCCAAAAUGAGAAAGUUCCUUCCAAAAUUGAGGCUUUGUCUGAUGAAAAGGUAACCUUUAUAUCUUGUGGCGGUUCAUCAUCGGCAGCGGUAACAGAGGAUGGGAAAUUGUACAUGUGGGGAAAUGCAAAAGAUUGUCAACUAGGAGUUCCUGGCCUGCCAGAGAUACAGUCAUCUCCUGUUGAAGUUAAGUUUCUUGUUGACGACGAUGGACUGGAAUGUCAUCGUGUUCUUUCAGUAUCUAUCGGCGCUUCUCAUUCCAUGUGCCUCAUUUCUAGAUAAAGCCUUGCUCAAGUAUGCUAUGGGGUGCUGCUUUUGAGAAAGGACAGCUCCAAUUCCCUUAUCUGAAGCAUCGGUUUCUAUCACAAAAGGAUGUUGGAAGUCAGGUAGAGCCAACACUGGUGCUUCACUCAUAGCCUUUUUAAGCUGCAUAAAGGCCUGUUCAGCAUCUUCAUUCCAUGUAAAAGCAUUCUUUUUUAACAAGCAGGAUAUCUGUAUGGUCUGACAUUAAUGGGAGUGGUUCCAGGUUUGAGAUGGAUCUUAUGGUCAUGCUCUCUAUGCGGAGGUAGCUGUUUUGGUUCUUCAAAUAUAUCAGCAUAUGAGUUAAGUAACUACUCUAACUCUUUUUGUUGAUUUUCAAUUUCUGUUGCACUGACAGAGGGGUCCUUCUGAAUGUCGUGAGUGCUUUUCACUUGAAUAACUAAUAGCUGUCCACUCCAAUUGCCUUUUUCCUUCUGCAUUUCUUUUAGGCUUUGAAUACCAUUCAUCCAACAUAAGCUGCUCUUCUUACUUCCUCUUAGAACCACUCUUCUCCCCAAGUAGUUGAAUUCCAUAGUUAGUUCUUGGAAAUUCCAAAUGAUUUGUCCAAGAGAGGAUAGCCACUGAAUUCCGAGAACCAUUUCACAACUCCCUAGUGGAACCAGCAUAGUGUCAGCAACAAAUUCUUGGCCAUGCAAGUUCCAUUUGAAUUUCUGACAAACUUGAUCUGUGAGUAUCUUUUCUCCAUUGGCUACUGAUACUUCUAAAGGGUAGGAUUUAGAAAUCCUACAUCCCAACUUCUUAGCUGUGUGAAUGUCUAAGAAAUUGUGGGUACUACCGGAGUCAAUCAGAAUGUGUAAAUCCUUGCCUUUGACUUUCCCCACUACCCUCAUGGUAUGAAAACUCUGAUGGCCAGAUAAGGCAUUGAAAGAUAUCAGGGGUUGUUCCUCUUCUUCAGUUGAAUAUCUCAGAGAACUAGACUCUGUGUUGUUCUCAUCUUCAGUUUCUGCUUCUUCCAUAGGUUCUGUACUUCCAUCUUCUAGAAGGGGCAAUAUGUGAAUCUUAUAUAUUUGUGCUUUGCAAGUAUGUCCCGGAACAUAGGUUUCAUCACAAUGAAAGCACAAAUUUCUCCUUCUUCUUUCUUCAAUAUCUAAAGAAGUUAAGGACUUCCUUUUCGGAUCCAUAUUGCUUCUGCCUUGAAAAUUUACAGGUUUAGGUAAUAACCCUACUUGUUUGGUUGGAAUUCCAGGUACAGAUCUAUACCCUUGCUUAGCUUGAUUUUCUCCCAUUCUGAAUGUAGCUCUGUUAGCAUAGUUUCUUCCUACUUUUCUCAAUGCUUCCAAACUAUUUUCUUGCAAUCUGGCAUAUUCCAUUGCUUGCAACAGAGUUCUUGGUUUAAAUGCCUUAACAAAAUGUUUUAUAGUAGGGUUAAGACCCCCUAUAAAACUGUCCAAGAAAAAUUCAUCUGGCAAGAUCUCGUUUCUUUGCAACAUCAGACCCUUGAGACUCUCAAACUUAUCCAUAUAAUCAUCUAGAGAGUUAAUUUGUUGCAGUUUAUUGAAAUCUUCUACCACAGAUCCACCCAUUUCUUCAUUAAACCUGGCGCAGAUAUCAAGAACAAACUGCUCCCAUACAAUGUUUUUGUGCACAGAUACAUAUCCAUUAAACCAUGCCUCAGCUCUUCCAGUUAAGUAUAAGGAGGCUAGGUCAACCUUCUGAUUAUGCUCAACUUUACACAAAUCAAAAUAUCUAACACAUUUUUGGAUCCAACUUCUCGGACAUUCUCCAUUGAAAAGAGGAAACUCAAUCUUAGGGGAAAAUCCAAGAGUUCUCGAAUGAUUACCCCAAUUACCGUUCACAGCUGCAUGUUCUGGGAUAGAAUGAUUGUGAAUUGAGUGAUUGGAAUGAGCUGAGUGAUCAUCCUCUCCGUUUACUUUUUUCUGUAAUAAGAGUAGCAUCGCAUCCAAUUUCUGUUGUGUUUCAGCAAAUUUGAGUUCAUUUCUGCGGUUCUGUUCUUCUAAUUGUCGUUCCAAUCCAGCCACCUUAUCCUCCAUGAUUACUGAAAGAGAAGCUACCGUCAAUUUCUUCGCCAGAGUUUCUGCGUCAGAGUUUGCUCUAUGUAAUGACGGAAGUGAAUUUGAUCUUCAAAUCUCUGAUACCAAUUGCUAUAUUCAAGGAAUUGAUUCGAUGAAUUAGCUAGAGUUGUAGGAAUUCUAAAGAAAGAAAUAGAAUUCGAACAAAGAGUAAACAGAUUGCAGAGCAUAGAAAAGAAGAUAUCGUAUUAUUCAAGCUAUCCAAAACGUACAUUCUGGGCUUAUUUAUACACAGUGUUUAACCGCCCCCAUCUAACGGUUCAACUAAUCGGUCAACUACAAUUAACUAACAGCCCCAAUACCCGUUAAGGGUUAUACAUCUGCCAUGUAGCUACAAUCUACCCAUGGCCUGCCACGUGGAUAGCUAUAUACAACUCAUAACAGAUUUUGGGAGAGGCACACAUGGUGUUGAGCUGAGGGGAGCGGGGAGGGGUAAUUUUUUGUUGUGAGCUUUAUAUAGGAUCUACUGGUAGUCAUGGACCCGGAACCGGCCCGGGUAGGCAGCGAUUCCGCGCCGGGUUCGGCCGGUUCAUGUUAUUAUUUUUUUUAAUUUUCUUUUGCUUUCCUAAUUAACCCCCGAUCCCCCCCCCUCACCCCCCCAAACCCCCACCCCCCCAACCCCCCAAAAAACCCAGACCAACCCGAGAAAAACCAAAAAAAUUGAAAAAAAAAGAAAGAAAUAGGCGAGGCUGGUUCCACUUCUAGGAGGUUCGAGUCCGCCCCAUUUAACUCCCGGUUCGGGUGGCCCGGACCGGUCCUAUGACCGGGUACUGGGCCCAAACAGUACCGGUUCCGGGCCUGGCGGCCCGACCCGAGUCCAUGACUAUGUACUGGUGGGUAUUAAAAUGUGUACCUAGAGCAAAUAUGAUUUUUUGGGCUUUAGAAUGUGUACAAAGAGUAAAUUUGUUGCUAGAUUUGUUUCCUUGAUUCAUUCCAUUCGGUGAUGAUAAGAAAGUCGCCAACUCAAAUGAUGACUUUCAUAACUAGGGUAAAUUCCAAUAGUAUUUUGAGAAAUUAUUUUUAACCUAACAAUAUUUUGGGGAUUAUUUAUUUAAAUAGCAUUAUUUUUAGGAAAAACUCUAAUACUUCCUUGGUAUUUAUUAGUUGUGAUAUUUUUCUUUUUGAAAGUUUCAAAGUAAUUGUAACAUUUUCAUUUUACAUAAUAAAAACUAAUCAAAGUUACACAAGACCCUUGCUUCAAUUUAAUAUUGUGUAUGACAUAUUUAAUAUGUUGCCCUUCAUAUAUAUAAAUAUUAUUUCAUUACUUCCACUAGAAAGUAAAAUGGCUCACUAAACUGUUUGCGCUUCUUUGUUAUGAAGCAGCAGUCAGUCCAUGCAAUUUUGAACGCGAUUUUCAUUAUGGGUCAUUCCGAAACAGUCUCUCUGUGCUUUAGUGCAGGGGUAAGACUGCGUACACCCGACCCCCCUUACCCCACCGUAGGUGAGAGCCUUUGCGGCACUAGGUUAAAUGAAAAUGAAAUGAAAUGACUUCCACCGGAAAGCAAAGCAACUGAAAAUGAGUGACAGUCCAUUAAAAGCUGAAAAGGGUAGAUUAGAAUUGGCACUGGUCGAUUGAAUGGAACUUGCCCUCCAUUGGAUCGUGACAAAUGCACCCUGAUACUUACCUAAGGUGCCGGUCACACCCAAUAGUCACAACUCACAAGUCCAGAUCUAAUCUUAUUUUAUUUUCAUUCAUUUACUCUCAUUCACUCAUCCGUCCACUCCUUUUGCCAUGGACGGAUCCUUAAGCUAACCGCAACCAUCCGCGUCAAUAAAUUUAAUAUCUCACCAAUUUAUAAGUAUUCAUUUUGUCAAUUCAGUUAUUCCCUGCAAAAUAAUAUAAGAAUUAAUGAAAGAUAAAAGAAUUAAUGAUUAAACAAGUGUUGUUAAAUUGAAAUAUAAUAUUUUUUUGGUGAAAGAAAACUUAUAUUAAUAUAUGAAAUUUUAUCAAUCUGGAACUUGAAAGAUGAAAUGUAUUGAUAUAAGAUCCGAAUGAUGAAAAAUUAUUAAUUUAGGAUUUGAAUGAUUGAAAACUAUUAAUCUAGCACAUAAAUUGUCUUGGAUUUUAUAAAUCUUUUGAUUUUAAAAAAAAUUAAAUAUUAUUUAGUUUUAUUAAAAUAACAAACUUUUGUCAAAAAAAGUUUAUAAAAAAUUAGCAAUAAAAUUGAUAAGAAAAAUUAAAUAAACCAAAACCUAUGAAAUGUUAGAUCCUAUAUCGAUAAUUUUUUAUCAUUCGGGUUCCACAUUGAUACAUUUCAUCUAUCGGGUCUUAGAUUGAUAAUGUAUCUAUAUUUCAGGUUCUGAAUUGAUAAAUUUUCUUAAGAAUAGGCCCAGUUGCACAAGGCAGCCAGGACAAAACAAGGCUUAGUUCGUGUCGAAUGGCGUGACUAAGCGAGAGUUAAAAUAUGUUGCGAGGUCAACAAGGCUUAGGUUAUGUUGAACAGGUGACUAAGCGAAAAAAAUGAAAAAAAAAAUGUUGCGCAGCUAACAAGAUUUAGUUCUUGCCGAACAGCGCGACUAAGUAUGAUUUAGAAUAUGUUGCGAAGUCAACAAGGCUUAGGUCAUGUCGAACGGCAUGACUAAGCGAAAUUGAAGUAAGUUGAGAAGUCACCAACGUUUAGGUCAUGACGAACGACGCUACGAUGCAACAAGUUUUGGAUCUUUCUGAACGGCGCAACUAAACAAGGCACAAGAAAAUGAAAAAUUUGUCAAGUACAAAAACAAACACAAGGAAACAAACAGUUGGGCAAAAAUUUAUACUCUAUGCGGCGCUGCUGGUCGGGAUUUACAGGAUGAGCAAAAAAUAAAAAGCGGAAAUGUAUUUGCAGGCUAAACUACCUCUUGAUCCCCUUCGAUAUCACCACUGUCUUCAUCCUCUGCUUCGGACUCAGUCAACGGAUUGGGAACCAAGCCUUUGGCAGAAUCCUUAGCUCUUUUCUCAUCUCGAGCCCAUUUCUCGGUCUAAUUGAAGAGGUCUUCGUCUUGGGAGUGAUGCGCCAUGACGAACUGGGAGGGACCGCACUUAUGUAGAAUGGGCAUCACCGCCUUGGGGAUGUGCUGGCAGUCGGCGACAUAAGUACUCUUGGCCAUAACGUUCGACCAACUUUUCCCUAUUAGGGUCUGAUCAGCCAGGUCAUUGCCCCUAUCACAACAUUUAGGCCGAGGGAAUUGAGCAAGAUAUUCCCCGAACGUCUCUGCCAGAUGAGCGCAGGUGUACUCCUUGGCAUCUCUGGUGAACUUCUAAGAAGUCCGAUAAGCAACAAGGGUUGCAGCCAGAAUGGCAGUCACCUCAGGGGGGCGUCCGGGAUGUUGCCCUGGGAAGUCUUGAAGACAACGUGAGCAGCGGUAAGAUCAACGUGCAAUUGUCCUAGCUCUUGGUUAACCUUGGCCUUGACAUCCUCCCAUGCCUUGUUGGUCGUCGCGGCCACCUGCUCUGCUGACGUUCGAGCGUCGCCGUCCUCCUAAGCUUGUUUCUCCCAUGCAACCUUCAGUUGUAGGGCAUAUAAACCGGCAUGCAUAGACAGUUGGGACUCAAGAUACAAUCCUCAAAAUGUAAACUAUUAGAAGGCCUCGAGCGGGGAGAUGUUCAGAGGAAUGGAAGCGGUCGUUGUAUAGAGCGAUGUGGACAAAGUGUUGCAUUGGCGGAUCGUUCAGAAGAUCCUGGCCAUGCAUCCCCUGCGGAGCGGGAUGAGAACCGGCAGAAGACUGAGCUUGCAUAACCCCUUGUUCUUCUUUCUUUUCAUAGAGGCUCCCGCACCGCUUAGGUUCCUUAGCUGAUGAUUGUUCAUAUUUGAAGAUUCGGGCGACAGAGCUGAAAAAAGUAAAACAAAGAUAUUACUACCGGGUGGCCGAAAAACGUGGCAAGUCGUGCAAAGUGAAGGGCAUUUCCCGCAGGAGUAGGUCUUCCCCCUUUCCAACUCAAUGAUUUGUUCCUCCAAGGCCUUGGACACAUGAGGCUCGAAGAACUUUGGGGGAUGACUGUUCCUCCUGGGUAUUAAGUCGUCCGGGACACAGAUGAAGAAGAACCGGUCCUUCCAGCCUUUGAUCAAGGUAUCGUUCUCGAUGAAGAGGCCAGAACCUCCCCUUUGUAAUUGUUGAUAUCGUUCUCAAUCAAGUGUUGUAAUUGUUCUAGAGACUUCAAUAGAACGAGAUCCACUUUGCCUCUAAUUACUUGCUUGUUCUUUUUACUUUGUUGCCUUAAACACUCGCUAAAUAACUCACAUAAUCCAGGCAUUCCGACGAAAGCCAUAAAACAUAGUCAACUCUCCUAAUUUAGCCAUUCAAAUAUUUUUUUCAUUUCCUUUCAAAACAAGAUACAUGUGAUUAAAGGUACAUCAUAGAGCAUCAUCAAUACAAUAAUGUGUACGGUGAAUAUAUAACACAAGAGGGAUUAGGGAUAGACCCAAAAAUUAAACUAAUUGCAUUUUUUCUUUCUUCCCAUGAUCUUAAUUGUAUUCUUAUGAGUGCUUCUUUACAAUUUCAAGAUUUAUAUCUAAAUGUAAACAUUUGAUUGACAUUGUUGACAAAAAGUUACUCAAAACAUACAAAACUACCGAAAGAAAGAUGAACGUCUACACUUUGUUUUUCUAUCUAUUAUCCCAGAUGUCACAUAUGUAUGGUGCAUACUUUUUUAAUAAAAAAUAGAAAUGUCAUCAAUUUCUCUCAUGAGUCAUGACAUAUGUAUUUUAACUAUAUACUCCAAUUCUUUCAAAAAAAACUAUAUACUCCCUCCGUCCCCUUUUAAAUGUCUCGUUUUACCAUAUUGGGAUGUUCCUAUUUAAUUGUCUCAUACCUUAUUUGGUAAAUUUUGUGUGGCUCAAAAUCAUUCUUACUUUAUUCUUACUUUAUCAACUAAUAUCAACCACACAAACUCACUUUUCCUAAAACCCGUGCCACCAUCUCCCGUCCCAUUUAAAAGGGGAUGGGGGAAUAUAAUCUAAUGGAAAAUUCUUGGUGUACACCUUUUUAUACACAUCAGUACACCCCAUUGUCUGUGAGAUUUUUUUUUGUCUGUGAAUGCCAGUUCACAGACAAAACCUAACUUGUUUUGUCUGUGAAAAAUUCCACAGACAAAACAAAUCAGGUUUUGUCUGUGAACUGACAUUUAUAAACAAAAAAACUCUUAAAGACAAUGGGGUGUAUAAAAAGGUGUACAAAAACAAUUUUUGUAAUCUAAUUUGUACUUAUAUAUACACACGAAGUAGGAUUAUGGAGUGCUCCAAGAUUACUUUAAUUAACAGUGAGGGGGGCUGUAUGGAUUGGUAUAUGGAUGAUUUGACAUAUAAUCAACCGUAGCAUUCAACAUCUAACCAGACAAGAACGGCGAAAUUGCAAUUCCGGGUCGGGUGCAUCAUAUUCGGGUUUGAUCGGAUGUGAUCUACUUCUCUUCCAAAUCUAUUCACCGACGGUGAAGACAGGGGAUUCACAGAGAAGGCGAGAGAGUGUCACAUUACAGUCAGGAGCACUGGAGACGGUACAUGAGACCGGCCAGCCUCUGAAGCCGCCGGGGAACGGUCAGAUCCGCUUUCGGUCGCCAUCGGCCGCUGAACUCUUGGACGUGCAGCAUUCCUCCCCGCCUCCUCCGCCACUUCCCUCCGAUCCAAUGGAGAAGUCACUUAAGCGCAACCGCGCCCAACACGACCUCAUACCCGAUGUGAUCCAACGAUACCGCGGAGUUCUCCUUCUCAUCUCUGUUCCUCUACUGCUCAUUACUUUCGUCCUCUUCGUCAUGCCCUCCCGAUCCCCCGCUAAUUCCCUCGGGUCCCUAAAUCGCAAGCUCUCUCCCGACUUUGGAUCUAAGAAGUACGCCGUCAUCUUUGACGCCGGAAGCUCAGGCAGCAGGGUCCACGUCUUCUGUUUCGAUAAGAAUCUGGAUCUGGUUCCUAUCGGCAAUGAUCUAGAGCUUUUUGAACAGUUAAAACCAGGUUUGAGCGCUUACCCCAAGGACCCUAACGCUGCUGCAAACUCACUGUCGUCACUUCUAGAGAAGGCUAAGUCUGUAGUUCCUCUUGAAGCUCAACCCUACACCCCUGUUAGAGUUGGGGCAACUGCUGGUUUGAGGCAGUUGGAAGGCAAUGCACCUGAAAGGAUUCUGCAAGCGGUGAGGAAUUUUCUAAAGAAAAAAAGCAGCUUCAGCUCAAAAUCCGACUCGGUCACUGUUUUGGAUGGAAAUCAGGAAGGUGCUUAUCAGUGGGUGACCAUUAAUUAUUUAUUAGGAAAGUUGGGUAAAAAGUAUUCCAACACCAUUGGAGUAGUUGAUCUGGGAGGCGGAUCUGUGCAAAUGGCCUAUGCUAUCUCAGAGUCAGAUGCUCAAAAGGCACCAAAGGAAUCAAAAGGAGAGGAUACAUAUGUGCGGGAAAUGUACCUCAAAGGAAAAAAGUAUUACCUUUAUGUCCACAGUUAUUUGCACUAUGGUUUGCUUGCUGCUCGAGCUGAAAUUUUGAAGGUCACAGGGAAAUCUGGCAACCCUUGCAUCUUGGAAGGAUACCGUGGCUCAUAUAAAUAUGGAGGAGCAGUUUAUCCAGCUUCACCAUUGCCUGAUGGUUCAAACAUGAAGAGUUGUAGGGAGGCAGUCAUUAAGGCUCUCAAAGUGAAUGGAUCAGCUUGCACACACAUGAAAUGCACUUUUGGAGGGGUGUGGAGUGGCGGUGGGGGUGACGGCCAGAAGAAUCUAUACGUAGCUUCGUUCUUCUUUGACAGAGCUGCUGAGGUAGGAAUCAUUGUUGACCCAAGUGUACCUGUCGCAAAAGUUCGCCCGGUUGAUUUCGAAAGUGCAGCUUCAACCGCAUGUGCAACUGGACUUGAAGAUGCUAAAACCAAAUUUCCUCGUUUCAGUGAAGAAAACUUGCCGUACUUGUGCAUGGAUCUGGCUUAUCAGUUCAGUUUGCUGGUUGAUGGAUUUGGUCUAGAUCCUUAUCAAUACAUCACAUUGGUAAAGAAAGUGAACUACAAAAGUCACCUUGUGGAAGCCGCUUGGCCCCUGGGCAGUGCCAUUGAAGCAGUCUCUUAACUGACAAAAAAGCACUUGUAGCAGUUCCAGCUGAUAGGAUGAAUAUGUUUCCGCUUCCCAUUAUCAGUUUGCUGAUGAUUGUGAAGUCGUGAAGAGAAUUAAAAGUCCAGUGGAAUCGGAGUAGUAUUCACUAGUAAUAAUGAGAUAUGUUUUCUUUGUUGAGGUUCUUCUGAUUUGGUUUAGGUGCAUUCAUUCUUGUAAAGGCCUAUAUAAAGGGAAUCUACCAUUCUUCUACAUAAGCUACAGUAUUUGUUUAUCACUAGUAUUUGUUUUAUUAAAAUACGAUGUUUAUUUUCGUUUUUUCAAAUGCUCAAUUGUUCUAUGGAGUAUUUUGAUAUUUACUCCGCAUAGUUCAAUUAAAAAGUUUGAUAAUCAUUUUUAGCACCAUUAUUAAAGUAUUUAUUUAUAUUUAUAUUUAUAUACUCAACAUAAACCACGAUGUUUUCCAUUAGAUCCAUUAUCCAUAUAUGGCUUUUAGAGAAAACCUGUCGAAUGCAAUUAGCUGUCUGCGUGUUCUUUCAAUUUAAGUAAUUGUGUGUUUAGCGCAAGAUUUUUUAGUGUCUCUAGGGUAGCCAAACUUUAUGGCGUAUCAGGCUAUCAGCCUUACCUCCCAUUUUGUUUCACCAAACGUUACUCUUCUUUUAAACUAGGCCUGGACUCAGUAAAUGAAAGGGGAGGCCCGGAACCGGCCCGGGUAACCCCCGGGUCCAGGCCGGGCCUCGUUUCAAUUUAUAAUGUUUUUUUUGGCUUUUCCUAAUUAACCCUCCUCCCUCACCCCCAAACCACCUCAAAUGGCCCAAAAUACUCAGUCCAACCCAAAAACUUAAAAAAAAUAAAAAUAAAAAAAGGAAAAAAAAUAAAAAUAAAAAAAGGAAAAAAAAAAAUAAAUUGGCCCAGACUGGGCCCAAACCGGCCGGGCCGGUUCACCUUUUGAGGGGCCCGAGCCCGGACCGGAACCCCAGCGGGUCGGGCCUAUCCGGACCGGUCUCUGACUCCCUGGCCAAACAUCUCGAUUUUUAAAACAAAGAGUCCGAAAAAGAAGGAAAUAAAUUAACUCAAACAUCUUGGUUUUUAAGCCAUCGAAAAGAGAAUAAAUGUUUGACUAGCCACCUCUAAGUAGUCAUGGACCCGGCCCGGGACCGGACCGGCCCGCCACUGUGCGGGCCCGGAACCGGCCCGGUUCUCGGGUACGGGUCGGGCCUAGGCCCGGUGGGGGGGGCGGGUCCAGGCUCGGGCCUUGUAUUUGGCGAACCGGCCCGGCCGGGUCGGGCCCGGGUCCGGGCCAAAAACUGU